UAUCUUCACACUUCUCGUGGGGACUGGGGGUUGGGGGGUGCGCGACCCGUUCAAUUCGUUUCUCACGUCGGUGGGCGGUGCACGGACGAGCGUAUAAGCGACUCCGACUGUAGAGAGAGCGGUACGCGGUACCACCGCACGCGCGGCGUCUUCGCCAGCCGGGCAUGCGGAGGAGCGCGAAAGCGGAGCGGCGAAAGCGCGCGCGGCGCCGCGAGAUUUCGCCCCCGUUUCCACCACCGCCGUUCCCGUCGUCGUCGUCGUCUUCGCUUUCGUCCUCUUGCUCCUUUCCGACGGGUCCUCGUCCGCCACCGUCGUCGGCUAUUCGGCGCGGUAGCACCGGAGUAGAGUCGCGAUCAACGACUGCCGACGACUACCAACUACGUCGCUGUCGUUCCGCUCGACGCGCGUGAAUCGUGACGCGCGCGACGCUCCGGAGUCACGGCCGACACGUUCGUCGAUAGGGCGCUAUCGCGUGCCCUCGCGCCCAUUCACGCAGUCACGCAUGCACGCACGAACUCUGCACGCUUGCGUUCGUAGUGCUUCGCGUGUUCGUGUUCGUUCGUUCGUACGUACGUACGCUCGGUGCUCCCGCGGCUCCCGCUCGCGGUCAAGAAUGACAUAUCGCGACGCGCGGGUGACGCGCGACGACCACGCACGCACCGGGAGGAGCGUCGUCGAGCGGGAGCAGCGCGACCGCGACGGUUGAAACAGGAGAGAAUCCUGAAGUGGAACCCACGACCCACGUCGCGCGGAACCGCGGAACGUUUAAGCCCGGGCUCCGGUCGGACGUCGGACGAUGGCAAUCUCGAAUUGGAUGAUGUGGGGUAGGAGCCUACGCACCGGCCGAUCUCGUCGAAGCCGCCAGGACGAGGACAACUGCGUGCAGCUCGAUCUGUCAAGAGGAUUAAAGGAGAACGUUAAGGAGGUCUUGACUAAUCUUUGCCAGCGGCACAAUGUUCCAAGCGUAAAGAAGCUAGCGUAUCUCAAUGCUAUUGUUAAGUUGAUUAGCGAAAUUGACGCGCCAGAUUAUGGAUAUUCAGCAGAGGAUCUGUUCUGUUGUUUACGCGUGGCGCUGGUCCACGAGGCGACGCAGGUGCGCGCCGCCGCCUUACGGGCGGUCCGUUACAUGCUCAAGAAGGAGCAGGAUGUCGUCGCGAUCAACAGGCUGCAGUACCCGUACUUCUUGGCGCGUAGCAUGGACGUUAACCUGCGUAACGAGAUGGAGAGGAUACAAGCUCUCCGACUCGUCAGGAGGAUCCUGGUAUUAGCCCCCAAGCAUUUUAGUUCCGUGCUAGCGAGAUCCCUGAUCAGUUUAACGAAUGGUGGCAUAGAGGAGAGGGAUCGUGCAUUUAAAGCAUUUCUAGCGGUCCUGUGCGAGUUGGGUGUCUUGAACUCGAAUCUGCUGAUAAGCUGCGGCGGCGUUGGUGCGCUGGCCAGGGCCGCGAUGACCGGGCAGAGUAGUAUCGCGGUCGAAUCCGUCGUCGGGGUGCUGCUGCGACUGCUGAAUAAUCCCGAUACGCGCGGCAGCGUCUCCCUCCUGUGCUUUGCCGCGCCCUACUGCGAGCUCCAUUCCUUGAGCAUGGAGAGAACCAAGGAAGAGCGCGAACAAAGAUUCGCCGCCAGUAAACUAGCCCUGCUGAGCAUCCUGCGCUCGUAUCCGGGCGUCCUUCACUUCUGCCGACCGGACAAUAAUUCGGGUCUCAAGGCCAUCGCGGAUAUUCUAUAUGUGGACCAAUUGGAGGUGCGCGGCGCCGUUCUGGAAUUACUAUACGAGCUACUGGACCUGCCAUUGCCCACGUGGACCGAUGAACCAGACGUCGCGCUGGCCGCGGUGGAUCCCAGCAGAUCGCGGGACUCGUGGAAGCUGUCGGAGGGCUUUGUCGCCGCCGAAGGGAAAUUCAUCCUGCCAUCCCUGUCGUCGCAUAGUCCCAACAUCACGGAGAUACACUCGGCGUUGUUGGUCUAUGUUCUUCUGGAAUGCGGUCUGCACCGAGCCCUCGCGGAAACCAUUGUCUCCAGCGACACAUUUAUCUCGGUGCGCGCGGCGGUACUGCUAGGUGCGUUGUUGCACCUCGCGCAUUCUCUUCUACCAUCCGAGCUCUGCGACCUUACGCCGCCAUUGCCUAAUCUAUUGGAGCACGCGAGUGCCGGUAAGCAUCAGGCAUUAGCGGCGGUCACCAUUCUCGAGCGAAUGCACACCAUGAUGCGACGUAGGCCGACCCCGGCGAGUCUCUUCCUCGAUCGUAUCCUUCAAGCAGGCACCUGGCUACGUCCGAUUCUGCCGCGGCGUCAACGGCCAUCCGGCAGGCACUGGCUGCGAAUUGGCAGAGAGUCGCCGAUCACGCCUCUGCUGAAGGAUGCGCAGGUGCUCAGCUCGAAGGACGCUCUUGCUUGGAACUGGCCAGUGGUGCGGGCGAUUCUACGAUCGCGCGAAGAUGCGACGCGAAUCCUUCAUGAUUCCGAUCACCGGCUGUUCAUGAAACGACUCGUGCGUUACUUUAAACCGUCGUGGAACGGUUACAGCAGAGUCGAGCUGGGCACGAGCGCAACGUUGGCACGCGAGGCGACUCUCGCCGGCUGCGAUUUGUUGAAUUGUUUGUUGGAACUGCAUGAACCGGAAGGCGCGCGACUGCUCAACGAGCUGAUCGAAGACAUCGCUGAGCAGAUCGGCAACAUUCGCACCGCCGAAUCUGCGCACGAUUGCCUGUUCUCGCCGCGUCACAUGUCCACCACGUGUUGCCAGAAGUACUUCCUGUUUCUCGGUCAGUUGAGUCAUUCGGCCAAGGGCACGGUGGUUCUCAAGAGUUUCAACCUGCUGGAGAAGCUGCAGGAUCUGGCGUUGGCCACUAAUCACGACUGCUACGUCAAACUGAUCGUCUCUAGCUUGGAUUACUCUCGGGACGGUCCAAACAGGAAGGUUCUGAGCAAGAUCAUCUCCGAGGCGACGUUGUGGAGCACGCGCCUCUACACCACACAGUUCCUACGGCUGAUUCUUCGUGCCAGAAUGACGGAUGCCGUACGCUGGGCAAUGACAUUGCUAGCGGACCGAUUAUCGGACAGCUACACAGCCGUGGCGUUGGCCGCUCUGGAGGCGCUGCACGAGGCCUGCGACGAAACCGAGUACCUGGAGGCAUUGUUGCAACAGGGUGGACAGUCACGCGAUUGGGACAAGUGGUUGCAACAUCUGGGCGACAAGGGUUAUUUAUUGAAGAUCCGACUUUAUUCUCUUCAGCAAGGUUUCGCGAGUCUCGCCGCACCUUCCGAGGAGUUGGAGAAGUGGAUCGGGCCCGGUGGUUUCGCCGAGCGAUACGUGGGUCUCGUGGAAGGGGAGAUGCACGAUGCGUUGACGUGUCGUCAACGCGACGAGACCGGGAGCUACCAGAGAAGGCCCACCAGCGACGUGGUGAUGACGCCGCGGGAUAUCUACGUGCCGCCGCAUCUGAUCGGUCAGCUGGCGCAGCACGAUCUGGGGAUGCAAUUACUGUUACGUCGCAACGUGAUACAGCGUUUCGCUCGAGUGUUGCAGCGAUUCAAGCUGGAGUUUGGCGGUCGCGAUUCAGAGUCCAACUCGCGAGGUACCAGAACAAAUCGUCUCGCCGCUAUGGCAGCAGCGACGGCAGCCUCCGCUGCCGUCGACGAUGUCUGUAUCAUGUCGGAGGAGUCGGGAACGGAUGAAGCCGUCGAACAGUGCAGCCGCCUCGAGACCAUCCCCGAUUACGAAACGGUGGAGAACGAGACGCGCGAUACCACGAGUCAACCGCGAACGGAGUCACUGAUGGAGAUUCGUCGUAAGACUAGCGUGGACGAUUCCAGACACACUACUCCGGAGCGAAGCUGGAGGCUGGAGACCGAGUCGUCGCGCGACGACCACUUUGUCGGCCCGAACGGCGGCAUUCUCAAAGUCAAAUCGGCUCUCUGGGCUCUCGGCCACGCGGGCACGUCCGUCGCGGGCGUCGAACACUUGAGCCAUUUGGGUAUCAUCGAGAUGAUUACAUACAUGGCGGAAACGUGCCCGUAUUACUCGGUACGCGCCACCGCGAUGUACGCUCUUAGUCUGAUCGGCACCACGCGAGCUGGAGCCGACACGCUGGUCAACUUCAACUGGCCGUGCGUCAGGCAUCGACGCGGUGACAACUGGCCCGUGGUACCGCCCUCGACCCGAUAUCCUAUGCCAAGUCCGAUUCCUGUGCAGCGACAUCACCGUAGCCUCAGCGACGGCAAACCGGAACUGCUCGAGCCGAUUGUGCGCCGCACCAGGAAUCGAUCCGAAAGCGCGGCCACGGAUCUCGAGGCGCGACGAUACUUCCUUUCAGAGAGAGGCGAAACCCCGAGUCCUGUUUCAAGUAUUCAAAGACUAAGCCAACAAGAUGCUGAAGGAUAUGCACGAUUACGUAGUUUACAACGCCAUCGCAGACCGAGUUAUUCUCAAAGUAGUUUAGAAAUGUAUAGUUUAGACGGCCGUCUCUCGCUGCAGAGUCUGUCGGAGUACGAUUCAUCCCGCAGCUGGAUUGCGGAGAACGCGGUUCUCACACCGACGCCACCUCCUCCGGAGGAUGACAACGAGAACAUGUUUUACAUGGGUGUCUGCCUGCCGAGGAAACUGCUCACGAUCUUCCCCGAGCCUCCUCAGCCAUCCCAGCCAACCAUUCUUGAGGAUAGUAUCAGGUCCGAGUUGGAGACGACAGAGAUCGACGAGGAGUCCAGUUCGGAGUGCGACGCCGAUACCGAGCAUUGCCGCACGUGUCUCGUUUGCUAUCACGGCAAAAGUGGCAAAGACGCUGGUACGGAGCAGGAUAUGAAAUUGCGAAGAGAAAUACUUAGACACACUCAACGCCUUGCAAACCCAGUGUGGUAUCGUUACAGUCGUCAAUCGUUACUUAGACUGAGACAGCGGUAUCCCGAAAAAUUUCAGGAUACCUGCUUGUUUUCGGACGUAGCUGCUCGCCUGGGCAGCGGUACGUACAGAAUGCCAGCGCGGCGAUUUCUGCAAGAGCUGUUUCUAGAUUCUCCAUUCGAUGCGCUCUACGUCGAACCAGUCAACAUCCUGAAGAUACCGAUUGGCACGGAGGAGAAUCCUCUGCAAUCACCUGUUCCUAGCUCCGAGGCUAGCCCUCGGCAGCAGUCUGUAAGUCCCACGGAGGGCAAGAUUAACGGAAGACUUACUCUGACUGAGAUACAAACGGCGCAACUGGCGUCGGUUGCCGAGGAGGGCUCCUCGACCGGUGGCGACGGCGGCAGCAGCGAAUCGUGCAACGCCGGACAUCAACGUAAAAAGAAGCCUCCGGAGGUCGUGCGUCCGUCGCAAGAGCGGCGCACCGAUGAGAAAAUCAUAGCCGAGAUCCUAAAGCCAGAAGAGCGAAUACGUUUGUCAAAGAGUUCCGAUAGGUCUUUAAAAGUAUCAGGUACAAACACUGCCAUCAGCCUUGAUUCGUAGUUUCGAAUUCACGAUCACGACUGCGCGCGUGUACGUACGUGCGUGUGUGCGUGCGUACGUGCAUGCGCGCGUAUGCUGUGUGUACAUAUUUUGUAUUAAAAUGAUAAUGAUAUAUAUAAAGAUAAUAAAUGACACAUAUAUAUAUAUACACAUACAUACACAUACACACACUGCCGGCAAUCAGACGUAUCCUUACGUAUAUUUCAAAUGUUUCUUAUUCUUGCGCGCCUCGCGUCUAUCUCUACAUAAUUAUUCAUUAAUCCUAGGAUUACACAUGUUUUUGUACACUCUCUUGGAGACAGCCGAAUAUUUUUAUCACACGGGUCUCGUAAAAUUGCAGACUUCUCAGCGGAAUUUUUUUCCAGAGAGAGAUUCCAGACAUAGAAUAUGAUUAUAAAAUCAAAAUUCAAGUCUGUUUGUUAAAUUGUAAAAUACAAAUGUAAGGAGAAAUGUUCAAUGUAAUAAUGACUUUCCCAAGUCUCUGUUCUCAGACUUUUGUGUGUAGUCCGCGGGUUGAUGACCGAUUAACUCGUAUUUUAUAUAUCUGUAUCGUAUGUCCCGUUGUAAUAUAUUGCAUUAUUUUUUAAUGUCGCAAUCGAGACUUUUUCUUUGCGAAAGAUGCGACGAGAGACCGUGUAACACGUUGCUAGUUUUAUACUUAAUAUUACAAUUUCAUUUCUAUUUAUACGCAUUAAUUUAUGUAUCAUGUAUACGAUGAAAAAAAGAUGAAAAAAAAAGGAGC